AUGGAGGGCUUGGCAGGUGACAACAUCACUGAUGAAAGUGAGCACACCUGUGGUGGUUUCUGCAACCUCCUUGAGAUGCUGAAACGCUGCUUUGCCUCUGCCUCAGCCCACCUCUGGGUUGAGACCACCACCACCAAGGUCUACUUCUGCAAGGCCACGCACCUGGUGUGGUUCCUCAUCAAAAAGAACUGCAAGCAGGGAGUGAAGCCCAAGGCCAAGGCCAAGCCCAAGCCUCAGUCCAAGAAGAGGAAGGAGCUGCCUGAGGGGACAACUGAUGCACCUAUGUCUGGCAAGGAAGAGGCAAGUGAUGAUGGUAAUGUUGAUGCAAUAUGA